AUGAAUAGAAACGUCAACGGCGUCGUCAAGUCUGUGUCUGUGUCUAAUAUCGCUUUAGGGGACAGAGAUGAUGAAGUCAUCACUAUAAUACCAGAAGAGAAAUUCUUCUCUUUCCGUAGGCCCUUCUCUAGAUCCGAUGCAGCUGAUUUGCAAGAGUCUUGGCCGCAGUUGGAAUCUGCUUUAAAAGAGUAUGGCAUUGCAUGUGCACUGGAUCAUGAUCAGUAUUUCAUUACAUCGUCAACAACCCCGACUACGGUAGGAGCUGCUGUUUCCAAGACAAGACAUCUUCAUUUACUUCUGUCAGUCAGAGUUCCUGUUCAUCGGGCAUUAAGAAUACUGGAAGGUCCAUAUGACAUCAUCCGCACUGGGCAUCAUUUUGAUGGGAUUUGCACAAAAUAUAAGAUCAAGAGGAAUGACCUGGUUGUGGUCAUAGGGGGUUCAGAUCAAGGAUUGAAGCUAGUGAGGCAGAUUGUGUCUGGCUGCAUUGUACGCACGUUGCCUCCUGGUGUCACGAGAUUGAGAGAUUAUCUUAAGGUGUUCUUGGGUGUUAAAAAGUUGAGCUUGUGA